GUGAUUGCAGUAAAAGCAAGAUCCCGGAUAAGACAUUCAAUGCUGUAGGAAUGUGGACAGUGAUAUGCGCUUUGCUGCUCGAAUAAUGGUCACCGGAUUAUCGUGUUUGGUUUUCGUGCUUUUCGUUUUGCUGAAACCGUGGCAACAAGCGUCGACUGCUGCUGAUAACCCGGAUGUGGCCCUAAUGGGGGACCUGUGGGACCAAGUUGGAAUACCGCGUUUCGAUGUUGCUGGAGAUAGAGACAAGGGAGACGCUGGAAAUGAACAAGAAGGAACGGAAGAGGCGACCAAAGGGGAAGGCACUGUUGAGUUACCUGAAAAUGAACUCGAAAAAACAGAAGCUCAACAAUUACCACAACAAAAUCAACAAACAGCUGAUAAACAAGAUAACAACCUACACACAAACGAGAACGAGGGAAAGCAAGCGGAGAACGUUGAUCACCCAAAACACGGCUUGACUCCUGAAAAUCCGAUUCGACUGUCUGUUGUGGCAUGUGGAGACAGAGCCGGGGAGACGUUGGUUCUGCUCAAAUCUGCGGUCAUAUUUUCUCAUCGUUACUUGUUCUUUCAUUUGUUUGCCGAAGACAACGUAAAGAUCGAGCUUUCGAGAGAGUUGGAUACAUGGCCAGCAGUGAUGGAUGGUCGCAUUCGUUAUCAACUUUAUUCCAUUGUGUUUCCUGAAGGGCAAGACGCCGAACAAUGGAAGAAAAUAUUCAAGCCAUGUGCAACACAGAGGCUCUUCUUGCCAGACAUUCUUAAAGACAUCGAUUCUCUCAUUUACGUUGACACUGACAUUCUCUUUCUCACUCCCAUUGAAACCUUGUGGGAACACUUCUAUCGUUUCAAUGCAUCACAUUCAGCUGCUUUGGCACCCGAAGGCGAAGACAUUCCAACAGGAUGGUACAACAGGUUUGCUAGGCAUCCCUACUAUGGUGUUUUGGGUGUGAACUCUGGGAUAAUGUUAAUGAACUUGACUCGACUGCGUGCCAUGAAUUGGGUCAGUGAGGUGCUGAAGUAUUAUGAGGAGUACCGGUACAAGAUCACUUGGGGAGAUCAGGACCUCAUAAACGUGAUCUUUCAUUUUCAUCCUGAUAAACUGUACGUCUACCCGUGUGAGUGGAACUUUAGACCCGACCAUUGUCGCUACAAGAAUGCUUGUCCAGGUGCAUUCAAUCGCAUCUACAUGCUGCAUGGCAAUCGCCAACUCUUCCACAAGAAAGACCAACGAGGAAUGGAUGGUUUCAUCACGAUCUACAACACACUGGAGAAACACAGAGAAGGCGAGGACAUACACACAUCGAUUUUGGAGCCUCUUCGUCAGGCUUUACCAUCAUACAAAGCGGACAAUACGUGUAAUGAGAUGGUGAGCUCCAUGUUGGCGUCUAUUGAGGAUACUAUACAUUCUAUGGCUUAGAUGAUUGCUAAUCUAAUGGAUCGUGUAUACAGAGUGAUGAUUUAAUUAGGCACUUCUGAGGGAAACUUUGUACUGUACUUCCUUGAAUGUAUGUGCUGUCGGUGAGUGUACAGAAAUGUUUGUCUUUGGCUACUACAUUUCUACUCACUUAGUCACAAGCGAAUGAACAAACAAUUGGAUACAGUGAUGUGAAAUGGUGUACAUAUAAUGAUAGAUCCAGGGGGUUGUUUUGGGUGGGACAUGUUUAACUGUGCUGGUGGAAGUUUGUAGGAUUUGUGACUUUUGAUUUGCAAAUGGACGUUAAUGUGUGGUUGUUAUUGGAUGACAUAUUGGAAUGUGUAGGGAACUCGAGGAUGGAGUUAGUGCAUGUGGUCUGCUCGAUGUGUUUGUUGACUUCUAAGGUUUGAGUUGAGUGAGGUAGACCUUGAAAAAUAUAAAAGGCACUCAGUAAACUCUAACUGUUAGAAUGCUUUUUGUAUUUGUCGAGUCUUUUUUGGUUACUGUUGACUUAUUGGUGCUACAAUUUGAUUGUAUUUGGUGAG